GAGAGGAGUUAAAAUUUUUUAUGGGUGCGGUUUGUCAAUUAAAGCGUUUUUGCUCUUGUGCUCGUGUGAAAUGUGUAUGCUAUAAAUGUAAGAGGGUGCCUCAUGCUCAGCUCAGUUUGCUAAACUGACACCCAAUCUCGGGAAAAUUUCCCUUUUAGAGAAGAAAAGUUUCAAUAAAAUCUGUGAAUUAUGCUCUUCUGUACUGUGUUUCUUCUUGUUUGUGCGACAAUCCUUCUGUGGUCUUUUUGGUGUUACAAAUUCACGUACUGGUCACGUCGAGGGGUGGCCCAUAUACCACCAACAUUUCCCUUUGGUAACAUCAGACAAGUCGGUCGGACGUUGCAUUCAGCUGAACUAAUGAAGAGUGUCUAUGAGAAAUUUAAGGGCAGUGGUCAUCCCUUUGUGGGUAUCUUCUACUUCACUCGCCCCGUAGCUGUGGUCACAAAUCUCAAUCUCGUGCGAGAUAUACUUGUGCGAAAUUUUGUGCAAUUCAAUGAUCGGGGAGUUUACUCCAACCCCGUGGAUGACCCACUUUCGACCCAUCUCUUCUCGUUGGAGGGUGAAAAGUGGCGGGAAAUUCGCCGCACUGUGGCUCCUCUAUUCUCCCCAGCUCGCAUUAAGACAUUCCACGAAAGUAUUUGGGAAGUCGCAUCACGUCUCAGUCUGUGCAUUGGCACAAAAACGUUCCAAGGAAAAACUCUCAAUGUGAGCGAUUUAGCUGCAAGGUACGUUAUUGAUGCAAUUGGACACUGUGUUUUUGGUAUCAAUCCCAGUGCUCUCGAUGACGAUUCUGCACCACUUCAUACCAUUUCCCAGAAAAUUUUCACCCUCACACCCCUUCAAAUGCUACGGCAUCUCUUCAUGCAAUCCUUCGGGUCGAUUGCGCGGAAAUUUCACAUGAAACUCACGAAAAAUGAAGUUACGGACUUUUUCUUUUCCCUCCAUCGUACACAACUUGGCAGCAGCAGUGAUUGCACGCAACCAAAUUGUUUCAUGAAACUUUUGAAUAUACUGCAAAAGGAUGGAAAGCUCUCGGACAACCAAGUCAUCGCACAAGCAUUCAUUUUCUUCGUGGCUGGAUUUGAGACAUCAGCAAUAACCAUUGCAUACUGCCUCUAUGAACUGGCAUGGAAUCAAUCAAUUCAGGAGAGGUUGAGAAAUGAAGUGGUUGAGAAUAUGGAGGAGAAUGGAACAUUGUCUUGGGAUGCAAUCAAUCGGAUGACCCUACUCAGUGCCGUAGUGAAUGAAACACUAAGGAAGUACCCACCCGGCGGAAAUUUUCUACGAGUAGCUCGUGAGGAUGUAAAAGUGGAUGAAAGAGUAAUUGAGAGUGGGACACUCGUAGUUAUUCCACUCUAUGGAAUUCAUCGUGAUGGGGACAUUUAUGAGAAUCCACUGGACUUUAACCCUGACCGCCCGGAACUUACUCAUCACUCAUGCACUUUUAUGCCAUUCGGCGAUGGGCCAAGACACUGCAUCGGACGCCGUUUUGCGCUCCAUCAGAUUAAAUUGGCCAUUUCCGUGUUGCUGUGCCAUCGUAGAUUUUCUCCCGCACCGGGAACCAUCCAUACUGUUGAAUUGGCAAAAAAUACAGUUCUUCUAGCACCGCGACAGCCACUCCGGCUCAACGUGGAAAAUCUCACGCUGUUAAGGCACUGAGACAGCAGAAAAUUCAGCGUGACAAAUUGGCACCUCUUCUCAUCCCCCAGAAUGAUGUCAUUCUAGAGGAGAAUCGUGAAAUAAGUCAAUUUCAUUUGGGAAGCAAACAUUUCUCGUGUAUAUAUAGGUGCGCCUAUACUUUUAUCCAAAACCAUUCCAACGUACAAAUAGCAUGGGGCCAAUGUGUAGUUGUAUUGACACUUUAUCUCGUUCCCCACAAUCUCUGCACGCACAGAGGGGGCAGCAUACUUGAGCAAAUUGGACCCCAUUUGUGGUUAAAUUUGCCUUCCCAACUUUAGUCUUUGCAUGGUGUAUUCAUGAAAAUGUUUAAUGUUAGAAUAAAGUUCAUUGAAUAUGUUUGUUCUGUGUCAAUGUUAGCUUUAGAAAUUUUUAUAUAACAAGAUGUUUAAAAGAUGAAAGAAUUAAGAAAUAAAGGAAUGAUUCUGG